UGGGCUUUGCGUGUCGGGUUGUGAAAAAGCGGCCUUGUUGCUCUCCGUGUUUUAUGACACGACUUCAGCUCUGGGUCUUGUUUCAGGGAGGGAAGACUUCAUGCAUCCCCACAUCGUUUUCUGUCUUUCCUCCUUCCCAUCCUCAACCUGCAGCGUCAUUCUAAAUAUGGAAAAAAGCUAAUUUUUACAACAGCGGCUGGAAGAUACUGUGAAGAACAAUGGAAAAUAAAAGGCAAAGAGCCCGAGUGCAGGGUGGCUGGGCCGGACCAGUUAAUAACAGAGCAGCCUCUUGUGCAGCUUCUGGAGUUUCGGGUGCCAGGAACCAACCCUCUGCAAGCGCUGCACAGUCUUGGGUGAGAAGAGAGGAGAAGUUUCCAUCUGAAAGACAAUUUGUUUUUAAAGCACCAGAAGAGGUGGUGCGCAAAGCCCCAGAGCCCAAAAGAAUAGAGAAGCAAGGUGUAUAUGAGAUCAGCACAUUGCCAUCAGGAAUAUCUCGGAUUCAUUUGAUUCCUGGCUUCAUUGACUUAAAUGAAGCAGACUGGAUGUUUGAACAGCUCCUCCAAGAGAUCCCCUGGAGACAGAGAGCUCACAUCAGGCAGGAUCUGUCUUAUGAUGAACCCAGACUCACAGCAUGGUAUGGUGAACUUCCAUACACUUACUCCAGGUUAACAAUGAAGGCAAACCCUGACUGGCACCCACUAUUGACCAUGCUGAAGGAUCGCAUUGAAGAUUUCACUAAACACUCCUUCAACAGUCUUCUCUGCAACCUGUAUCGAAAUGAGAAGGACAGUGUUGACUGGCACAGUGAUGACGAGCCUGCGCUGGGAAGAAACCCUGUCAUUGCCUCUCUCAGUUUUGGUGCCACCCGGAUGUUUGAGAUGAGGAAGAAACCUUUGCCUUAUAGGUUCACAGAAAGCUGCCUUGUGCCUACACUGACGAUCAGUAAUUCUCCAGGUUUGCAGGCAGAUGUCUUUUCCAGCCCUUCCUGGAGAUGCCACAGUUUGAGCCUGGGAUCUUUGCCAUGCCAGGAAGAGAACAAUGACUAUACUUAUGGACAAAUAGUUCAUAUACCAGUGGAUCAUGGGACUUUGCUAAUGAUGGAAGGAGCUACUCAGGAAGACUGGCAGCAUCGCAUACCCAAGGACUAUCACUCCAGAGAAGCACGUGUAAAUCUGACAUUUAGGACAAUGUAUUCAGACUCUGAAGCAAUGCGUGCAUGAAUGAAAUAUUCUGUGGUACUGUACUCUUGCUGUGAGCCCAGAGAGUAAUGCUGGUUUGGGUGAGACAGCCUGAUUUGAGUUCAGUGUUAUGCUGCCAAUUUUUGAAGGAGAGAAGAAAAAGCUGCUGAAAAGAGAGUGUGUAACAGUUGCAAGUUCCCAGGGAUGAGUGAUGCCUUUUUCCUAGUACUGUUUGCUAAUGUGUAGUAGGUGGUGGUGGUAAGCUAUCUUGUUUUGUUGAAAAACAAUUUUCCCUGUAGAGCAUUAAUUUUAGUAUGACUGUUUUGAAUCAAAGAUCUGAGGUUUUGCUAGUCUGCAAACACCACCUUUAACAAGUUUUCCCCCAGGCAAGCUGUCUCCCAAAACCCCAAAGUGUAGAUGAGGAAGACAGUCACUGUAUAAAGAACUGGCUUUCCUGAGGCCACACAGUACACCUGUAAUAGAUUUUAGAAAUGGUAUCAUCUUCAGAGCCCCGUGCUAUGCACACCGGUGCUCUCCACAUUGUUAAUCAGUACAUUCUUGAACAAUUUCUAUGACACUUGUCAAAACUAUCUCAAAUGUAUUCUUCUCAAAUCUGGUGCCUAAAGCAAGUAGCCUAUUUUUCUUAAACAGAAUCCCUAGUAGGAUGUUGGGGGGGAAGAAGCUUCCUGUUUACAAAAUAAAUUUAACCCUUUCUUCAAGUGGCAGUGGUUCCCCACGAUUUUGGAGAGGGGCUUCUCCCAGCCCUGCUCCCAGGCAUAGUUUAAUUAGAGAUGCAGAGAUUGAACUUGGAAGCAAGGAUUCUGGCCAUGCCUUUUUAAGCUACUGAGUACUCCCCUGCUCUAGCCUGGUGCAAAAGGGAGAGACAGGUUUAACGUGAAGCUGUGGGCACAAGUACCAACCACUGCCACAUACCAGUGAUCUUUAUAGUCUCAGUCCUGCAUGUAUGGAGUGCUUGUAGAGCUCUAGUUAUAUACCUCUUUUCCUUGUCAAGCUAUUACUGCACUAAUAUUAAUAUUGUUAUUCAUAAUAAUAAUUUGAUUUCUUACAUGUCCUUCACCCUAAGGUCCCAGCAGGGGUUACAAGAAUCAACUGGAGUGCUCAAAUGCUUUUUCUUACUUGCUUGUGGCUUAAUUGUUAACAGUCUUAUGUCCUUCAGCUGUGCAGUAGACAUGCCCAAAUACCAUCAAGAAUAACCAUUGAAUCAGCAA